GGUAAUGUUUACGUAACCAUAGUAACGAGAAAAACAAAAAAUUUCCAAUUGAAAGUCAACAUGUUUGUUUUCAUUUAAUUUCUGUUACUUUUGAUUGUUUACAAUUAAUAUUUUUCUAAUUUUUACUGUUCAAUUGUUUCCAUGAUGAUGUUGUACAGACUUAAGCCUUUUUGUCUUGGAAAUAAUCAAUUAAUUGUUGGAACAAUUUGGAGAAUCAAUUAUUCCGUGUUAAGAAGUUGUCAACCAAGUUGUUUAAUACAAAGAAAGACUUUUAAUUUCACCUUUAGACGAGUUAAUUGUUCAAGAUUUAGCUCAAAAAGUGUUACAUCAAAUGAAGAUGAUGAUGGAGAUUUUUUUGGAAUCAAAUAUUUUUCUGCCGAUGAUAUUAAAGGAAUUGAUGGUUUAGACGAAGAUAAAAAGAGCAAGUUAAUCGAGAAAGUGAAUGAAAUUAAACAAUUAGAAAGUUUAAAAGUCUCUUCAGAAGGAUUUCAACGAUCAACAACCUUUGGAAAAGUGAGAUUAGAUUCAGAAAAUAAGAUUGAUUACAUGGGACAAUUUGAGAACGACAGUAAACACAUUCUGGUUGAGAAACGAAGACGAUACCUGUUGGAACUUUCGUUAGCUGAAGAUGAAGAAAAAGCUGAAAUCAAUAAGCCAAAUCGAUCCAAUUUAAUAGAGGAACAAUAUUUCAACACCAUAACAGAUUCUGAAAAAUCUGAAAUGAAAUCAAAGGAGAUUUCGUCUUCACCUGAAGAUGAUCUUAAUUUUAUAGAUUAUCAAUAUUUCAAAGAAGUUUAUUCUCCUGAAUUGAAUGCUGACAAUUUACCAUUCGGACAGAUUAAUUUUCACUACACACCACAAUGGGAUGAAUAUAAUCAAUCACUUGGUUCAUUUGAUUCUCAUGGAGUUAAUGAUUAUCGUCGUUCACCUGAAGCUUUGAUCAAAGAUCUGGACAAAAUAUCUUUCUCCGGUGAUUCUCCUCUUAGAUCAAUCGAAGAAGUGGCCCACGAAUUAAUGUUAUUAAAAGAAAGUCGAUCAUCUACUGAGGAAAUUGAAGAAACGGAAAAAAUUGAAGAGAAAACUGAAAAAAAGGAAUCUCCUGAUGUUCCAAUUGAAGAUAAUGAAGCAGUCGACGUGAAAGAUAUUCCAAGAACUGCCCUAGAAUAUGUGACCCAAAUUCGACAGGGAAAAUUACAGCCCGAAGAUAAGGCUUAUUUAGCUCAUUUGGAAGCGAAAUACAAGAAACUUGGAAGUGACUUUAAGAUGCGAACCGUUAAUGAGAACAAAGAAUCAUUUGAUUCUUCAGGGAAGCGAAAUUACCUUGAACAAGUUCCUAAAUUAAAUCUACUACGUCGAGAUGAACUGGUCGAUUUGCUCGCUAAUCGAGUAAUUUUCAAUGAAAGAGAUUUAAUUGCUAUUGAUAAACCAAAUGGUCUAAUUGUUGAAGGUGCAGGAAAUUCAAAGUACCCAUCAUUAGAAGCAAUUCUACCCGAUCUUUCAAAAGCACUUUUUCCAAAAGAGAAUGAAUCAAUUUAUAUUGUCCAUAGAUUAGAUAGAGAUGCUACUGGAGUUCUACUUUUAGCUCGAUCAUUGUCGAUGGUUAAGACACUACAAAAUUUAUUCGCUGAAAGGAAAAUAAGCAAAUACUAUUGGGCUUUAGUUCGAGGUGUACCCGAUCCUCCAAUGGGAAUAAUUGAUAUUCCAAUUGAAUCAAGUACAGUUAAUGGAGUUGAACGAAUGUAUCUGAUGCCAGAAUGUGAUGUUGACUUUAAUCGUAAAAUGGGCUCAACUAGAGGAGCAUUUCCAGCUCAAACUCAUUAUCGAAUAUUGAGAAAACAUGGAAACGCUUGUAUGGUCGAAUUGAAACCCGAACAAGGAAUUAAACAUCAAAUUCGAGUUCAUCUUGGUUUCGCUCUUCGAACACCAAUUUUAGGUGAUGCUAAAUACUCGUAUCUUGAUAAAAUUGCACCACAAAAAUUACCCGAUGAUAUGUUGACCAAAUUAAACGUUCGCCAGGCCAAAGUCAGAAAUAUUCCGUUACAUCUUCACGCCAAAUUGUAUAUCAUCCCAGGAAUCGGAGUCAAUGGAGGUAAUAUUUCAAUCUCAGCUCAUCUUCCAGGCUUUUUCCGUAAAAAUAUGACUAGUCUAGGUUUAUAUAAACGAGAGAGUAUAAUUAAAAACCCAAUUGCCUUUUAAUCAAUCAUAUAUAAUCUAUUUAUCUUGUAAUUUAAUUUCCACCUUUAAUCGUUUACCUUAAUAAACGAUUAGAAAGAAUCAAAAAUUUUUUGAUCUGAUCUUACAUUUUUAUAUUAAAGUAACCCUCAAGUCUUCAUGUAGAUUAUUGAAAUUACAACCAACUAAAUGUACGAUAUCAAAUUGAUCAAUUGUAUUGAUCAUACUGUUACCAUUUGAUGAAGAAAUGAAUACGAUUAAAAGGGGAAUUAGUGAGA